AUGUCAAUGCGGAGGCGGCCAAAAAAGACUGAUAUAUCGUUGCCUAGCAAUUUUGAGCAUCGCUAUCAUGCUGGCUACGAUCCAAUAACUGGUCAAUAUCAUGGACUGCCGAAGGAGAUGUCAAUGCGGAGGCGGCCAAAAAAGACUGAUAUAUCGUUGCCUAGCAAUUUUGAGCAUCGCUAUCAUGCUGGCUACGAUCCAAUAACUGGUCAGUAUCAUGGACUGCCGAAGCAGUGGCAGGCGAUAAUUGGUAUAAGUCCGAAUAGGCGUGGGCGACCGCGGCCAGUGGUUGACCCGAGUUGCAUUACACCAAUGGAAAUUGCCGAAAUCAAAACUGUUGUUCGAGGGGACGUUUCAGCGUCAUGUCGGAAGUAUCCCCGGUGCGGCGAAACAGUGUUUGGCGGAAUUCCGAUGAUUAACACUCUGAGGAAAGACCGUGCAAGUCUGGAAUGUGAAUCAUCACGAACGGUGCGCAUCCCGGAAACUUGGACACCUAUCCCACAGGUGUAA